AUGGAACGACCUUCUACCUCCAAUACUCAACCUUCAAGCUCUAGUGUGCUUCCCUCUCAACCUUUACCUAGCUCCAAGGGUAGAAUCAAUGCCAUCACUUUGAGGUACGGCACUACAUUGCAAGAGAGGAAUCCCGAGGAUCCAAGCUCAAGACAAGCCACUCAAGAUGAAGAUGUUGUUGAGGUAGAAGACGUGGAAGAUGAGGAUGAGGUACAAGAGGCGAUUGAAGAAGAAAUUGCUCAACCAAGGGAUAGAGUUUCUAAGGAAGACAAUGUUUUGAAAGAGGCCAUCUCCAUUCCUUUUCCACACCUUUCUAGGAGGACUAAAAAGCAAGUGGAGCUAGAUCCCAAGAUGGUAGAUAUCUUCAAAAAGAUUGAGAAACUUCCUUUGGGUAGCUCGAUUUCUGCUUUGACCGGUGCUAUACCGGAGAAAUGUGGUGAUUCCGGUCCUUGUAUGGUUAAUUGCACUAUAGGUGGUAUACAGUUUGUUGAUUGCAUGUGUGACUUAAGAGCUUGUGUCAGCGUUAUGCCUUUAUCUGUAUAUGAUGAAUUGAAGCUUCCACCAUUGAAAAACUCGACAGGCCGUUUUGUUUUCGCAGAUAAAAGCAUAAUUUCUGUGGUUGGCAUUGCGAAAGAUGUAUUGGUAAGCAUUAAGGGGUUGAUUUUUCCUAUUGAUUUCUACAUUCUUGAGAUGCCCCCUAGUGACUCAGGAAGACUAUCGUCUAUCUUGCUUGGGAGACCUUUCUUGAAGACCUCUCGGUUUAAAUUGGAUGCCUUCUUGGGUACCUACUCUUUUGAGAUUGAUGGAAGAGCAGUAAGUUUCAAUCUUGACGAAGCUAUGAAACAUCCACCGGAAGACCACUCUAUCUUCCAGUGUGAUAUUAUUGAUGAAAUUGUGGCCGAAGUCCACCAGGACACAGUUGAUGAGAAGAACAUGGUUCAAGGUGCAAGUGUGGAAAAACCCCUGAGUAUACUGAAGACACCUUGCCACCUCUAG